AUGUUCGAUCUUCACAUAGAUGAAUCAAAUAUUAAAAUUGAUAUGCUAUCAUUUUAUAAUGAUAGUGUACCGUUUCUGGAGAGCUCGGCGGCUCUAGUUACAGAGAAGCCAAUUAUGCAAGACGUGACGUCUCAAAACAUACCGGUUUCUCCACAUACCAAGGAAACCAGCGAAAUGCCUAGGGGUCAAUGCUCCCCCACGGAGAUGGCACCUGAUAACUAUGUUCGAGAACUUAUGGUAUUUGGGUUAGCACAGUAUGAUCAGCUUCGCUGCCUGCAAAGAAUGAGGAACUGCACUGGCAACGAUAAACGGGGGGUAUUCUCACGGCUGCGCAACUAUCCAAUACACGGAAUGCUGGAGCAUGUUCGAAGACUCACUGAACUCAUAAGGCAGCUGAUGCCUAUAUCAGACAGUAGCGAUAGUUCGCUGCAUAUAUUAUGUUCGGAACUUGUCAGCGAAACUAUUCCCGACAUCGACUCAUGUCUAUUAAAUGAGGAAGCCUUAAUGAACGACUUUUCUAACAUGCUAGCACACCCGUUUUCGGAAUCCUGUCUCAGCUCCGGUGAUAGCAUCAGCCAAUUAUCUCCUCUCACGCCAAGCAAGCAAACACCAGUCGAUACUUCCACGAUUCUUCUGUUUGUUUCCUGCUACCUUCGCCUUGCACGAGCAUUUGCCUUGUUCUUUACGGACCUCCACGCCUUUCUCCUUUUCCCAAGUGCCAUUGAUCCCACCCCCACUGGUGAACUCCGAAUAUUUCCAGGACUAAAGCUGGGCUCCUUUCAAUCUUAUGUAGGAGUAAGCUUGGAGAUAUCUAUAGCUAUCCAGGUCAGCGAGCGCAUGUUAUGUCGCCUCCACGACUCACUUGGCCUAUCCUGGAACCAGUGCAGUUCAGAAAGCCUUCCCAACUCUCAAUUGUCGGCGGAUGCAUGGAGCAACGCCGAUACAAUCACUCGGGCCAUGAUAAAAACCAUCCAGGCGCAGGAAGAAAUAGAUGCGCAAGAUGAGAGGGGUGAUACAUUCACAAGGCUAUUACUGACAAUGGAGAAUGUUAAAAAGCUGGUCAAAACACAGCCAUUCUUGUGA